UCUCUUUACCCCUUCACACCCGAUUUCAAAAUCCUCUCUCUCUGAGUACUCAAUCAGAUGCCGUUUAUUUCCGAAACUGCUAGCGCGAUUAAGCGCCGGUUCGGAUUCAACGACCGGGGCGCCACGUCGGAGUCGGCACGCGCUGUGCCGUGCACGCCGGAUCCAAGCGCCGUAUCGAGGGAGAACCACGCUCAUCAUCAGUCCAUGGUUCGAAGAAUGGCGGAUUUGGACGAAGAAGCAGAGAUUAGCGCUGGAUCUGCACAGAUAUCGAGGUCUCACAGCUUCGAGUUCAACGAAGAUCCGGCCUUCUGGAAAGAUCACAAUGUGCAGGUUAUCAUAAGAACCCGUCCACUAAGCAGCUCAGAGAUUUCAACACAAGGGAACAACAAAUGUGUUAGGCAAGACAACGGCCAGGCAAUCACUUGGAUUGGGAAUCCUGAAGCUCGUUUCACUUUUGAUCUUGUCGCUGACGAGAAUGUUACGCAGGAGAAGAUGUUUAAAGUUGCUGGAGUACCUAUGGUGGAGAAUGUUGUGGCUGGCUACAACAGCUGCAUGUUUGCUUAUGGCCAGACGGGAAGUGGCAAAACUCACACUAUGCUUGGAGAUAUUGAGGGAGGAACACGUAGACAUAGUGUCAACUGCGGGAUGACUCCUAGAGUUUUUGAGUUUUUGUUCUCUAGGAUCCUAAAGGAAAAAGAGGUCCGCAAAGAGGAGAAGCUUCACUUUACUUGUAGAUGCUCAUUUCUGGAGAUCUACAACGAGCAAAUUCUUGAUUUGUUAGAUCCUUCUUCUAAUAAUUUACAGCUUAGGGAAGACCACAAGAAAGGUAUUCAUGUUGAGAAUCUUAAGGAGAUUGAAGUUUCAAGUGCCAGAGAUGUGAUUCAACAACUAAUGGAGGGUGCUGCAAACAGGAAAGUAGCUGCAACCAAUAUGAAUCGUGCAAGUAGUCGAUCUCACAGUGUUUUUACAUGCAUCAUUGAAAGCAAGUGGGUAUCUCAAGGCGUUACUCAUCAUCGGUUUGCACGGCUUAAUCUUGUUGAUUUAGCUGGAUCUGAAAGGCAAAAGAGUUCAGGAGCUGAAGGUGAACGGCUCAAAGAAGCAACCAACAUCAACAAGUCUCUUUCAACAUUAGGGCUUGUGAUCAUGAAUCUUGUUAGUGUUUCCAAUGGAAAAUCAGUGCAUGUUCCUUAUAGAGAUUCAAAGCUUACAUUUCUGCUCCAGGAUUCUCUUGGAGGGAAUUCAAAGACGAUAAUAAUUGCUAACAUAAGCCCAUCUAGCAGUUGCUCGUUGGAGACCCUAAGUACCUUGAAGUUUGCCCAGCGUGCAAAGCUUAUUAAGAACAAUGCAAUUGUCAAUGAAGAUGCAUCUGGAGAUGUUAUUGCAAUGCGGCUACAAAUCCAACAGCUAAAGAAAGAAGUAUCCCGCUUAAGAGGUAUCGUUAACGCUGGAGUAGACAAUCAGGACAUUGACACUGCCUCAACAAUGAGUUGCCCUGCUUCUCCAAUGUCUCUUAAGUGGGAUGGGUUCAAUGGAUCAUUUACUCCUCUGACGACUCACAAAAGGACGUCUAAGCCAAAAGACUACGAAGUUGCACUAGUUGGUGCUCUCAGGAGAGAGAGGGAAAAGGACGCUGCAUUACAGGCUUUGACUGCUGAAAAUGAGGCCUCAAUGAAGUUGGAAAAGAAAAGAGAGGAUGAGAUACGCGGGCUGAAAAUGAUGUUAAAGCUCAGAGAUUCAGCAAUCAAGAGUUUACAAGGGGUAGCUUCAGGAAAGAUCUCUGUUGAAGCACAUCUGCAAAAAGAAAAGGCUGACCUUUUGAAGGAAAUUGAGGUGCUACGUGCUCAGGUUGAUAGAAAUCAGGAAGUUACCAAAUUUGCCACGGAAAACUUGCGGUUGAAAGAAGAGAUCCGAAGAUUGAAAUCACAAUGUGAGGAAGGUGAACGGGAUAUCUUGAAUCAACAAAUUCAAGUGUUACAAGCUAAGCUGCUAGAAGCCCUUGAUUGGAAACUCAUGCACGAAUCAGAUUACUCCACGGUGAAAGAUGUUACCAUCAGCAACAUGUUCUGCUCGAACCAGAAUCAGGAGUCAAAGAAACUUUCAUCAAUCCAAGAUGAGAAUGAAUUCCUCCGGAUGCAGGCGAUUCAAAAUCGAGCAGAAAUGGAAUCUCUUCAGAAAUCAUUAAGUUUCUCCAUCGACGAGAAAGAGAGAUUGGAAAAGCUUGUGGAAAAUUUGGCUAAGCAGCUUGAGGGAAUAAGAUCCUCAGGCAGGGUUGGCGAUGGUGAUCAGAUUGAGGUUGAAACAAUGGUUCAAGCCAUUGCAUGUGCUAGUCAAAGAGAAGCUGUAGCUCACGAGACAGCAGUCAAGUUGUCGAAAGAAAAUGAGGAACUGUGCCAGAAGAUUAAGGUCCUGAUUGAGGACAACAACAAACUUAUAGAGCUGUAUGAACAAGUAGCCGCAGAAAACAGCUCCAGGGAUUUGGGGAAUACCGAGACAGAUUCAUCAAGUAAUAAUGCUGAAGCUCAGAAGAACAAAAGUUGUGAUAUUACUCUGGAGGUUGAAAAAAGUGCAGCAGAGGAACUGAAGAAGAUAAUUGGAAAUCUGGAGAAUCAGCUUAGCGAGAUGCACGAGGAGAAUGAGAAGCUAAUGAGUCUGUAUGAAAAUGCCAUGAAGGAAAAAGAUGAAUUCAAAAGACUGCUCUCUGCUCCUGCCCAAGAGAAGCUUAUUGAAGCUGAUGCCAGUGACAGUGACACUGAAAUGGAGUUGUGUAAUACUACUCCUUCUGACAGGUCCACAGGAGAUUUAAACUCAGCGAGGCUGAAACUCGAAUUGGCGCAGGAAAAACUUUCAGUCUCUGCCAAAACCAUUGGAGUGUUCUCUUCGUUUGAAGAGAUCAUGGUGGAGAUAAUCAAGUUGUCAAAGCAAAGCAAAGAGGCCGAAGACAAAGUUAAGGGGCAUCGGAAGGAGCUAGGAUUAAUUGAAGCUGUCUCUGAUCAAACUAAAGCAAGAAAAGAAGUUGCAGAGAGAAAGCUGGCUGCUCUCAGAUGCUCGCUAUCAAACUUUGUAUCAUCGUCAGCUUACUUUCAACAGCGAGAAGAACGGGCAAGGGCGCGUGUGAAGGCAUCGUCAGAUAAUCUAAACCAGAAAAAUGAAGAGCUCAGCGUUCUCCAAUCUUAUAAAAGAGAAGUCGACGCGGCAAUGGGUAAGAUCCAACAAUCCGAGGCAGAGCUGAAGAGUAACAUUGUAAUGCUGAAGAUAAAAGUGGAUGAAGAGAACAGGAGACACGAGGAAGAGAAGGUACUCUGUGCGAUUGAUAACAUUGAGAAGAUCAACACUCCUCAGAGAAACACUCUGCUUACAGGGAAAGCCACAGAUCUGCUGAAAUCCGAGGAAGAGAAAACAAAGCUCCAAUCAGAGAUGAAGCUUUCUCGGGAGAAACUGGCUUCGGUAAGAAAAGAAAUUGAUGACAUGAACAGAAAGUCUUUGAAGCUGGAGAAAGAGAUAAAAACCGUAGAAAAAGAGAUAGCGAAGAGAUCAAAGACGAGAUCGGAAUCAGAGAGGGAAUUGGAACAUACUAUCCAGGAGAAGCAGUGUCUUGAAGAGAUGGAAGAAGUAGGGAUGUGUGAAAUACAAAGCAUGAUAAUGGAGAUUCACCAGCUUGUCUUUGAGUCAGAUCUUAGAAAAGAAGAGGCGAUGAUUGUAAGAGAAGAGCUAGGUGCAGAGGAGCAUAGAGCCAAAGAUAUCCACAAGGCUACAAUGGAGACAGUCGAUGAUGCGUUGAAGGGGAAGAGCGGAGGAGAAUACAUGUUAUCAGGCAAGGUUGAAGAAGAAGUAGGCAAUGUUUUGUGUUUGGUUCACGAUGCCGCCAAGUUGCUUGAAGAUUCUCAUUGAUUAGGAGUGGCACUCGACUCGCAAGUACCUUUUUUUUCUUUUCUAUCAGCUCUAUAAAACUCUUUUAUUUUUGUAAUCGAGGAAGUAUAUCACUUCCUUUUCUUGGAAACUCGGGUCGUUUACUUGACACUUGGAAGUCUUAUCAGAACAAGUGAAGGAGCUCUCUAACUUGUUAAGAAGAGUCGAGUUUAAAUGAUAUUACUGAGCACUUAUUAUCUAAUGAUCUGGAAAGUCUUAACACUUGAGCAGAGGCAGGAGGUGGAUGAAAGAACGUCGCAAAUGACCAUAAAUAUAGAAACAAAAGAUUGAUGUAGAUCAAUGACAAGCCUCAAAGGGGCAUUUUAUUUGGACAGCACACAAGUCUACGAGAGAGGUUCACAAAAGAGGCAACAUAUUUUCACCGAAAAA